AUGAAAUUAUUAUAUUCAAUUUUACUUAUUGCAAUUUCUAUUGCAACAAUCAAUUGUAUGAGCAUUACUUCUGUUGAACAAGAGAUAAAAGAGAAGUUCACUACAGGUUCAGUCGCAACAUGUGUAGUAAAUAAUAAAGUUUCAUCUUGUUCAUCUACACCCAAUGCAUAUGUAUGUCCAUCUAUUAUUUCUUGUAUAAGAUUAUUCAAUCAAAGUCAACAAACUCAAAACUACCAAGUUUUAAUUUCAGCUGGAUCAUAUGGACCAAAUGAUUGCCCAGGAUAUUUAGGAGUGCUCCAAUUCCCUGGCUCUAUUUCUUUUAUUGGUUACAAUGGUCUAGUCGAUAUCCAAUGUGGUUCAUCACAAUUUUUGACAUUGAAUGUUGGAUCUAAUCCAAUUGACAUUAUGUUUGACAAUUUAUCUAUUAAAGGAAAGGCCGAAUACAAUGGAGGUGCUAUUGCUAUCGGUGGUAAUUCAAGGAGUGCUUUGGCCUCUACUCUUCUUUUCAGUAAUGUUAUUUCCAAUGGUAGUUAUGCCGGUGGAUAUGGUGGAUUUGCAUACUGCUCAUUCGGCAAAGUCUACGUACUCAACAGUACCUUUGCUGGAAACACCGCACAGAGUGGAGGUGGUGUUAUCAGUGCUCCCUACGGUCAAGUCGUGUCAAUACAAUCCAACUACUAUCAAAACACUAUUUACGAUGAAGAGGGUGGAGCUAUUUAUUCGUCAUCUGCAAACCUGAUCAACUCUACCUUUAUCGGUAACAACGCUUAUAUGGCAGGAGCAGUCGCUACUAUUUACCUUAUGGAUGUAGUCAAUUCAACAUUUAUUGAAAAUCAUUGUUCUUUCACAGGUGGUGCCAUAUACUCUUUGAACGGUAUCAAUGUCUACGGUUCUACCUUCCAAUAUAAUAGCGCUGGAAAUGGUGGAGCUAUUUUUGGAAUCAAUAUCACCAUUGGUUUGUCCAGCUUCCAAGGUAACCAGGCUCAGUUUAGUGGUGCUGGAGGAGCUGUAUAUGCUGAUGCCGAAAACCCAAUUCAAAUGGUCGUUGUCAAUUCAACAUUCGAUCAAAACUCUGCUGAUGGUAUUGGUGGUGCUAUUUACACAAUUCAAACCUCUAUCUUCUUAACAGGAUGUGUAUUCACUUACAACAAUGCAAAUAACUCUGGUGGUGCCCUGUAUAUAGGUUAUAGAUCAGACAUUGCCCAAGUAGAUAUUAUUAACUCAUUAUUAACAGAUAAUUAUGCUGCUCUAGAUGGUGGUGCAAUCUAUUUGUACCAAUUGAACUCACUAGAAGGACCAUUUAUGGUUAAUUUAUACGGAACUAUACUAGAUCGUAACACUGCUGGUAACUAUGCCGGUGGUUUAUAUUUCCUGGGAUAUCCAAAACAAUUGAUCGGAGGUCAAUUCGUCAACUCUAUUUCCAACGAGCCAGGUUCAUACACUUUCUAUUCUCUAUCUGUUCAAGGAGUAAACAAAGCCAACAUUACUCUUCCAUACGCACACGAACCAUAUUUUGUAACUAUUUAUGAUGAACAAUCGUUUUCAUAUUAUAAGGCAAUAGGUGUAAUUGGUUCAUGUUUUAAUGGUGUUGCUCAAAUCAAUGAUGACGGAUAUAUUCUAAGUUGUUCAUGCUUUGCAGGUGCAACUGGACCAUCAUGUGAUAAUUAA